AAAUGACAAGAAGAUCAUCAGAUCUAAACCAUCCGUUUUUUCCAACAAAGCCUCUGCUGUCUCCAUCCCAUUUCCCCACCUCGAUUACUCGAUUGCGCCGGUUUUAGGCUCCCUUCUCUCUCCAGUCUCCACCUCUUCGGCCGUUGGGCGCCAUGGCGGCCAUCUUCCCCCACCUCGCCUCGACUCUUCCGCUUCUCCGGGCUGUCCGAACCCCUCGCCGGCUUCCGCCUGCUGUCUCCGCCGUCCCUCCCCGAGCCGCCCGCGUCGUCCUCCGUGGAUUCAGGCUUCCUGAUCCAGCUGCAAGAAAAUUUCUCUGUUUCGAGGAUUCAAUAGGCUUGCAGACGGAGCACCAGAAGCCAGAUUCUACUAGCACUGGUGCAAAACAGAACAGCUCAAGUGAUGAUAACUCAAGCUCAACAGAUGGCCCACCCGUCCUAACUAUUUUGGCUGGUAUCAUUGUGUUCCUUCUAGUCUUGUGGGUUAUCGGAUCGCUCUUCACCUGGAUUGCUGGUUUGGUCUUUGGCGCUGCAAAAUCUUAGAAGUUCAAAUUUUAGGAUAAUUCUGCACCUUUUUAGUUGUACAUACUUCGGUCCAAUUGUAUGCCAAUCUUGGAUAAAUUGCACUUGAUGGUUUCAUUCUUAAGUGUUGAACAACUGCUUCAUGGUGUUGUACCAUUGUUUCCAGCUGUGCCUUGGGUAUUGCCUUUUCAUAUGUCAUUUCGAGGUGGAAACAGUGGUUUGGUUCUGUUCUUUUGUAUGAAUCCCUGAGAGUGGAAUUUAUAGUAAAAAAUUUAACA